UCUUGUGCAUUUUAACAAUUAGAGACUAGACAUUGAGCUGAGAUGAUUGUUUGCACUGUGCUGAGUGUAAGGCCCUACUCUGGACUAUAUCAGGCGUGUAAAAACUGUCUGGGGAAAGUUUUGCAACAUCAGGAGAGCAAGUGGUGGUGCAGAAAGUGUAGCCGUGUAAUCUCCUCCAAUGAGGUACAUCGACGUUACUGCAUUGCCAUGGCAAUCACAGAUCAUUCUACACCACCGCAGGAUGUCGUAGUGUUUGGGAAGUCGUGUGAUCUGAUCUUUGGCUGCUCUGCUAGCCACCUAACUGAGUAUUUGGGUGCUACUCUGAAUGGCAACAGUGAAGACAGUGACCAAAUUCUUUACAAGGCAAUUGAAGCAACUCUCGUUGGGAAUUGUUUUGCCUUUGUGUUCUGCGUACCAUCAAUAGUCAAGAACCAAACCACUUUGUUAAGUAUUACUGAGGGAUUCAAUGAACGUAACACUGGUGCUGUAGAGAGAAGGAGGGGGCUCGUUGUCAUGACAAUCAAGACCAUAUGCACUGGUUCAGACACAAUGCUAAGCAAACUUCAGCGUGAACUUGAGGGUACCCCCCAACCAACUUCAUGUCUGCCCUCACUAGCAGUCAAGAGUCUCCCUCAGAAACGUUCUAAGAGUAUCGACGAUUCAAACUUUUAUGAUCAUACGUUGCCAAGUGAAUCCUCUCCCUCGCAGCAGUUCUCACGUUUGUUGGAAACAUACUCAGAAAGCCAAGAAUCAUCACCCCACGAAGAUGUUAUGGCUACCCCAAUCUCUCAAUCCGGCUUCAUUCAGCAAUGUCAUACAAAUUAUGUGUCACCUUCCACUCUGUCGCUCCUGUUGGACACUUAUUCGGAAAGUCCCCCACCACCGAAGUGUGAAUGUGUAUCUCAAAGGAGCCAGAAGACAGAAGUGACCACCAUCGACUCAGGACAUAAGACGGAACCCCUAUCCAUCAUGAUAAAUUCAAAGGAGAGCACUUCUCAUCCUCAAGCCUUGUCGCAAGUGGAACUUCAAGAUUAUUUGUCCGAAUUGAGCCGAACUGAUUGGCUGGUGAGAGAACUGGAAUCAGACUGGGAGUCCACUCAGAAUAAAUGUUCGUCACCCUGUAUACAACAGCAGUGCACAUUUUCACUCAGCAAAGAGAUGCUGAGAGAGCUGCAAGAACCAUUCAGUCAGUCAAGAGAAGGCUCACCAAACUGUGACACACCAAUAAGUCAUUCCAACACUACAUCUAUGUAUAGCUCCCUCUCGUCACAGUUUCGUCUACAAACCCAAAACAGUAAUUCAUCUCCUGAGUUAUUUUCUUCCGCCUCUAGUUCAUAUUCAAGAAAAACUCUAAUAGGAGCAGAUGCAUCUCAACAGUCAAUGCAGACUCCUAGCCAGCUGAUGUCUGAUUGGAGACAAAGUUCCUCACCAGAGCUAUUUGAGUCUUCGUCAAGGGAAGAACAAGACAGUGGAACUGCCACACAGUUGGUACAAACACCUGCACUGUCAGUAAGAGGGAGAACACAUGCUUUGAGGAGAAAGCUGGUCCAAAGAACAGAGACAAAUGUGUCGAUGUUAGCAUCGACACAUCAUACACCUUGUACUCUCAAUCAACGUAAUUCAACAUUAGCUGUAAAUCACAACGCUUUCUCUCCUGAUAUUCUAUGA